AUGGCUGAAGUGACCAUCGAGGUGUCGCUGGCAAGCGGCAGAUCGGUCCUGGUACCGGCUGGUAUCAACUCCACAGUUCUGGACCUCAAGAUGGCGGCCCAGGAGGCUCUGGGCGCCCCCUUCUUGCAACUUCUGGCGGAGGGUGGCGGGAUUCUGGAUCCGGCGCUGCCACUUGCCAUGGCUGGUCUUCGAGACGGAGAUCGUUUGAUUGGGGUGGUGCGCCCGCCAAGCAUGCUUGCUACCAAGUUUUCGUUUUGCUUGUGGUGGCUUGGCGGGGGUGUGCUGACUUGGGGGCAUCGAGACGCAGAGGUUGGCUGCUUGAGGGAGUCGCUGCAGCAGGUUCUCCAUGUCAGGUCCUCCUGGGAAACAUUUACGGCCACCUUGCUGGAUGGCAGGAUCAUUACCUGGGGUGGCUUCCCUGGGUUUGGAGGCGCCGACUUUCAAGAGAAGCUGAGAAGUGCCAUCCAAGUCCAGGAAGCAGAUGUGGCUGUGGCAGCUAUCCUGGCAGAUGGUAGCGUUAUCGCGGCGGGAGAUGAGGAGAAAGGUGGAGACUGCAGUGAAGUUCAAGACCAGCUCCAGGAAGUCCAGGAACUUUGGGCCACCGGGGGCGCGUUUGCGGCCCUCUUGCGAGAUGAGAGGAUCGUGACCUGGGGGGACCCUGGGUGUGGCGCCACCAGCGAAGUCUUGCGCAACGUCAAGCAGGUGAAGGCUACAGGGGGUGCCUUUGCGUUUCUCCUGGCAGGGGGAGCCGUUAUUGCACAGGGAGAUCCAGAGUACGGUGGCGAUUGCGCAGCAGUCCAAGAUCGACUUCAGAACGUUCAGCAGCUUGCGGCUACGGAUAAAAGCUUUGCUGCAGUGCUGUCUGACAACUCCAUCGUGACAUGGGGUUCCUUGCCUGAUGACACCAACGAGGUUCCAGCCAUGCUUUCUCAGCAGGUCAAGAGUAUGUGCUCCACAGGUGGGGCUUUUGCUGCUCUCCAAAUGGACGGAAGCAUCAUCGCAUGGGGCAGUCCAAAGUGUGGUGGUGACAGCUCAAACGUGCAGGAGCAGCUUCGAAAUGUCGAAGAGGUGUGUGGGACAGAUCGGGCGUUCGCUACUCUUCUUACCGACGGACGUGUGGUAACUUGGGGCGAUCCAGAGUGGGGAGGGGACAGCAGACAUGUCCAGGAACAGCUCGUACAUGUGCAACAGCUGAAAGCAACACUCGGAGCUUUCGCUGCUCUCACAGCAGAUGGUGCGCUCGUGGCUUGGGGCAAGCCCCAUUAUGGAGGCGACUGCACUGCGAUAGAAGACGAAGUCAAGAAGCUCUGA